UGUCGCUUCAGUUCAUCCUUCGAGUCCCUGGAAGCGUAACAGCCGCGACAAUACCGAGAUACCCUGGCCAACCCAGCUCAGACUGUGACGUCCGAGAAAACAUCACGUACAGGACGUCCUUAAGUCACUGCAGAACGCUGCGAUCUGAGAAGCGGGAUGCCAUUGGACACUACCUAUGCAAUGCACUCAAGUGCUAGCGACGUCCUGCUAAGUAUGCCCUGUUGCGGGACCCGAGAAGAUGCGCUUUUCAUACAUUAUAAGACAACGAACUGGUAUAUUCAAACGUUUGGGCGUGCUGUGAUCGCCAUGAACGAUGAGGGUGAGAUGUGAGGCAGUCAAGCGAGCUGCAGGUGAGAGGGAGCUGGCAAGGUAAAUCAGACGAACUGAAGAGCACACUCACCCAUUGUCGGGUCUAGCUCUUGAAAACAAAGGCGGCUUCUGCUUCUUCACUCCUCCUUCAUUCAAGGGACUCCCGGACUGACGUCGCUUCCACCAUGCCGGCCCUCCCAAGACGCCAUGACCACUGCGUUGGGUGGCAUUGCCUGACUGAUGCGCAGAAAUUCGGCAUCAUCUUCACCUGUGUCGUUGUCACGGUUGGUAUCAUAGUCCUCUGUCUGUUCUACAUGGGCCACGCAGCAAGCUCACGCAAAGCCCGCAAUCUCAUCAGGCUACCAGGGGGUCGCCAGGCACGCCGGCGGCCAGGUCUACCCUCCGACAUAGCACUCGCACCUUUGCCAGUCGCACACUACUGGCCGGGCUAUGGUCACCAGGUGACAUACCAAUCGGCCAUCUAUCAGCAAGGCCCUCACCAGUUGCGAGCAUAUCCAUAUACCAUCGGCGGACCGUGCCGCCUACCAUAUCCAGGCGUGACGAUGCCUUGGACAGCCCGGCUGGUCACAGAUGAUCAACACCAGGCAGAGCCCCCUUGCGUGCCAUAUGUGCAGCCGCCAAAUUCGUACCAGCCAUACCCGAUGUUUGAAAUGCCCCACCAUGGACCACCAGGGCACCCGCAUGCUUCUGCGCAUCACAGUCAGAAUCAGACUCGAGACCAACACGUGCGACGAAGCCAGUCCUCUCAAGUCCGCAGACCGUCGAAUAAUGAUACCAAUGACUACCACCACUCGUCCUGGAGACAACGCUUCUUACACUUGCUGAGGCUUCCCGUCGGCCGGGCCUCGACCAUUGCCAGUUCAACUACGGCAAGACGCACCACAUUGCGAUCGUCUUCGAGCAGCUCGGAGAACGAUGGGCAUCAAAGAAGGCAAAAUGCGAGCUGGCAACGUACAUCGAACCCCCGACGAGGGUCUGCAGAUCGACCGGCUGCGUCUGCACACGUAACGUCGGGUGGAAGAGGAGAUCCUGAGACUGACUCCGCAGAUACAGGAGUAGCAACCGUUCACAGCGAUGACUACGACCCACCUGGUCGGCAGUUUCCAAGCCCACCGCAUCGACCUUCUGAGCGAGAGACGGAGGCGAAGAUCAAGGAGCACCGUUCAGAGACGCGAACAGUCAGCCCGAUCGGUAGUGAUGGCGAGUCCAACGAAAGCCGAGCUGCCUCGCCCACAAUACUAUCGGUGUCGUCUGUCUCUCCUGCAAGACCAUCAGGGUAUACGCAAGACGCCUACAGCUUCCAACCAGGGCAAAACAGACGAGGCAAGGCGGAGACACUGAAUAGCGAAAGGCAUCCUCGCGGAAAUAUUGAACGGGAGGCCGUGCGAAGAGCUAUGGCCCAGAGGUAAACACAUUGCUUGCGUGGCCCAAAAACGAGAACUAAUCAUGUGUCAGACGGUCGAGCACUGACGCAAGCUAUGAAGGCCACGUACCAGAGCCCCCUGUUGCUAUAUCGUGAUCGAUGUCGUUCAGUCAGGAUGCAAGCGCGCCGCGCGUUGAGCUUGGCGCAAAGGUUCACGCACACUUGUCACACUAUGGAGCACCCAGCUCCAAGGGGCUAGCGUUAUGAAGUUGGUUGGUAACGACGAUAAACAAAUAAUAAGCAUUUAUUGUUCAUCAUUGCACUGGUACGGAUGCGGCGUUCAGUCUUACGCAGCCAAAUGAACAGGGGAUGCCUAGAAUCCCUAGAUGCUAGCCUAGGUGGUCCGAGCGUCCG